AUGACAUCUCAACGCAAGCCGCUCUCCAAGGAGCUUCCUCCUCUCAUUUUUGGCUGCGGGACAUUCAAUAUCAGUUACAAUGACGACCCUUACGCCCUACCAGCAGCGGCGAUUGUGCACCAUGCCAUGAGCUCCGGAAUCCGCGCUUUCGAUACAUCUCCUUACUACGGCCCCUCGGAAGAGAUUCUCGGCCAGGCGCUGACAACGGACUAUGUUGAAAAGGAUUUUCCUCGACACACGUAUCAACUGCUCACAAAGAUUGGCCGAAUCGGCGAUUCGUCCUUCGAUUACUCACCCGCUUGGGUCAGAUAUAGCGUCAAGCGUAGUCUGAAGAGACUGCGCACUACUUAUCUGGACGUGGUUUACUGUCACGACGUCGAAUUCGUCACCCCGCAGGAGGUUCUGGAGGCGGUUCGGGAACUACGUCGCAUCCGCGAUACGGAUCAGACGAUAAAAUAUGUGGGAAUAUCUGGAUACCCCGUGGAUGAGCUGUGUUCAUUGGCAGAAUUGAUUUUGAAGGAGACCGGGGAACCCCUGGAUGUGGUUAUGUCUUAUGCCAAUUAUAAUCUGCAAAAUACCCGACUGUUGACUAGAGGUCUUGAACGGUUACGUGCAGCGGGCGUUGACGUGGUUCCUAAUGCGUCGAUCCUGGGGAUGGGCCUUCUCAGAAAGCAAGGCGUGUUUCUUGGUCCGCGAGGAGACUGGCAUCCGGCGCCGGAUGGACUGAGGGCCGCUACUCAUAAGGCCAGCGACUGGUUGACAGGGAAGAAUGAGAGACUUGAGGCUGUUGCCACUCGAUAUGGACUGGAGUCGUGGAUGCAGAAAGGUUCCUCGGUGGGAGCAUUUGGCCACCCCUUGGAAACGCUUGAUCCGUCCAAAGCUCGAUUAAGCACUGGUCAACAACAGCUUGGCGUGAAUGUGAUGGGAAUGAGCAGCGUGCAAGAGGUGGACGAUCUUGUGAAGAUAUACCGGGAAGUUCUUGACGACGUUCUUGUCGGAAAUGAGCCGUCGCCACGGUCAGCCGAGAUAGCAGAACUGGCUGUUGGUGUGCGGUCGAUACUGGGGGCUGAGUGGACAGAUUACGCCUGGCCUAGCCCUGGAGAAGGGUAUGUGAAUACAUUACCAGAAGAACACCGCAAGCUCUUACGAGAGCAGGGCCAGGAUACAUCUCACAUUAAGACGGGAGAUGUUUCUGUUGGCACUGCUGAAGUGGGAAAUGGAGUCGCUUAG